GGACAAUUAUUUACAUUUUAUUUAUGAAAACUCACAAUACAGAAGUGCUUAUAGAUCCUAAACAUUCGUUUUGUAAGAGUUAUUACACUAGUAAGAAUUAUAUAAAAUAGAAUGUACAAUACAGGUCCAAUACAACUCCUUUAAAACUGGCCCUAUACCAAGCAUGCACUUGUCUCCCUCCUUUAAUUUCCUUAUAAUGUGUCAGUCUGUUUAUCAUAUCUCAUUUCAAAAAUCAAGCCGCCCGACUGGCCACACUUGGAACAUGGCGGAUGUUAACUCUGGGCACAGAGUUCAGUUCCUGGGCUCAGUCUUCUGAGCCACCUGACAAUCGGAGGAACAGAAGAGCCGCUUUUACAGAACUAUCCAGCAAAGAGAGUCAAGCAGCCGGAGAUGACCAGAACACUGCAGAAUGUAGCAAAUUUGAGACCGUGGUAGAGCUGGUGAGGCCCAGAGACCUGAGGAACACCGAUAUCAUCAGCGCCCAUGAAAUGUGUCAAGAGCAAGUAGCACCAUGGGAGGAGAGGAUGGCUCGCUUUGGAGACGAUCUGUCCACCCGCUAUGGAGGUCCAGCGGGCGCCGGGAGAGGGGGAGCCCGGGCAGGAGGUCCCUCGGGCGGUCAAAGAAUGUACAAACAGUCGAUGGCUCAGAGAGCCAGGACAAUGGCUUUAUAUAAUCCUAAACAAACCAAACAGAACUGCUUCACUGUCAACCGUUCUUUGUUCAUCUUCAGUGAGGACAAUGUCUUCAGGAAAUACGCCAAAAGAAUAACCGAAUGGCCUCCAUUUGAGUACCUGAUCCUCACUACCAUCAUCGCCAACUGCAUUGUACUGGCCCUUGAACAGCAUCUCCCCGCCAUGGACAAGACACCCAUGUCUGAACGCCUGGACGACACAGAGCCCUACUUUAUCGGAAUAUUCUGUUUCGAGGCCGGCAUUAAGAUCAUCGCCUUGGGCUUUGUGUUUCACAAAGGCUCUUACCUACGCAAUGGCUGGAACGUAAUGGACUUUGUGGUCGUUCUGACAGGAAAAUAA